AUGCUCUCUCGACGACUUGUGAGCGCGUCUUCGUUGCGGCACCGGCCUCACUGGCAGUGCCGCUACACCUCUUCGCUGCGCCAUGUAACUAUUGGGAACAAGCAAUAUCCUGCCGAUGACUGGACGAACAUUACACCGUCCAUAAUCUCCAAAAUUCCCCUGCAGUUACACAACAAACCCGGACAUCCUCUGGCCACCCUCCGGUCGCUCAUCGAGAACCACUUUACAGGUUUCUCCCAUGUCUCCUCCUUUUCCCCUGUCGUUUCACCCUUCAAGAACUUCGACGAGCUCUCUUUCCCAGCCGACCACCCAGGUCGGGCAGUAACGGACAGUUACUACAUCAACAGGGACCUCAUGCUCCGCACUCACACCUCUGCACACGAAGUCGAGAUGUUCAGAAAGGGCGAAGACAAAUGGCUUCUCACCGCUGACGUCUACCGACGAGACGAAAUCGAUGCCUCUCACUACCCCGUCUUCCACCAAGUCGAAGGUGCACGUAUCUUCGACGCUACGCCUACCGGCCUGAAAGAAGUCCAAGAAGACAACGCACGGCUGGCUGCCCAACUGUCGCAGACCAAUAUCAUCAUCGAGGAUAUCCCACAUGUCUCCCCAACGAAUCCUGUGCAACCUAUGCACGAUCCCAAGUUCUCAGAGGAGGUUGCGUUGAAUCUCAAGUUGAGCCUCAACGGGAUGAUCUACAAGUUGUUCGGAGGGGCGACGAAGGAACCAUUGAGGGUUCGGUGGAUUGAGGCGUAUUUCCCCUUCACUAGCCCGAGUUUUGAAGUAGAGGUGUUCUAUCAGGGCAAAUGGUUGGAGAUUUUGGGGUCUGGAGUGGUUGUUCAGGCGACUUUGGACACGGCUGGUGUAAACAACAAGAUUGGAUGGGCCUUUGGACUGGGAUUAGAACGGAUAGCCAUGGUGCUAUUCUCAAUUCCCGACAUCCGCCUCUUUUGGUCUGCCGACGAGCGGUUCCAUUCUCAGUUCCAGGCAGGAAAGAUCACCACGUUCAAGCCGUACUCCAAGUACCCUGCCUGCUACAAGGAUGUGAGCUUCUGGCUUCCCAAAGAAUCGGCCUUUCACGAGAACGACUUUUGUGAUCUCGUCCGAGACAUGGCUGGUGAUUUGGUCGAGGACGUGAAAAAGAUUGACGAAUUCGUUCACCCCAAGACGAAUAGAACGAGUUUGUGCUACCGAGUCAAUUACCGUUCGAUGGACAGGUCACUUUCCAACCAGGAGAUCAACGCCAUUCAAGCCAAAGUAACUUCGCAGUUGAAGGAUCAAUUCGAAGUCGAGAUUCGAUAG